AUGCAGAAGAUGAAAACUAUGAAUUCUACCUUGUUAACAGCCAGUCGUGUUUACCCUGAUUGCUCUGCCGUGGUGAAAAAGCUUCGUGCUAUGACUUACAAUGCUGAAGAGCAGGUGCAAUCUCAGAAGAUGCAAGAAACUUUUCUUGUAGGACUUCACUGCUUCUCUUUGAAGUUGACUGCUGAAUACUUCACCCUAGAGCCUGAGAAACAGCCAGAUCAGCGGGUGACAUGCGACUCAUCUGCUCCUGAGCCAUUCUCAUUAACUCCGGAUCCAUCAUUUCGGGUCGGAUCCUUCUUGGGUUGGGUGGAAGAAGGGUGGGAAUCGCCGCCGCAGAGGGAACAAUUGACAUCGAGCAUGGUUCGAGUAGGCUCCGGCGAGAUUUUGAAAGUCGAUGCCAGCUCCGGUGUCAGAUCGUCGAUCGACAGGCGAGAGAAUCACAGAAGGGGGACGACGAGUGAAUUUAGGGUUUCAAUUUCUUCCAUUUAA